AUGCCGACGGGGAAGGUCAAGAAGUUCUUCGAGGACAAGGGCUUCGGUUUCAUCACUCCUGACGACGGUAGCGAUGACGUGUUCCUGCAUCGCAAAGUGCACGGGGAUGGCCAAGACCGCACCGCGUAUAUAGAAGAGGGCGCAUCCGUCACGUACGAGGUGGAGUGGGACGACCGCAAGGGCAAGUACUCAGCGGCGGAGGUGGUUGGGGCGGUGGCGGUGGUGGAGGCGGCUGGGGCGGCGGUGGGAAAGGAGAAGGUGGAGGCGGCGGACGAGGAGGAUCAUGAGACACAGGAGCAGUUCGGGCCAGUGGUGCCGGUCAUGCCCUACAAGACCGACGACGAGGCCGCGGUGGCACGGGGACCUGGCGCGGGCAGCGGAGACGGGUGCAGUUCUUUCUGUGUCAGCGCCGCGCCUGAGCAGCCUGGGGACGACCCGCAGCACAAGGCACAGAGCUGGCUGAGGUACAGGCUGCUGCUCAGCAGCCUUGGGGCACGGCCGAUCCUCCUCUUCGCCCUCGGCUGCUUCACCCUGGGCUUCCUGCUGCGGUCGGCGCUGCACCCGCCCGCCACCGGAGCCCGCCCGAAGCCGGGGGAGCUGGUUCUGGUCACCGGCGGCUCGGGGUUCAUAGGGAGCACGCUGGUCCAGCAGCUUCUGGGCCUGGGCUACGUCGUGCGGGUGCUGGACAACCUGGAGACGGGGAACCUGCAGUUCCUGGACCUCAGGCACCCGCGCCUGGAGUUUGUGCUCGGCGACAUCCUGGACAGGGCGGCCGUGAGGCGGGCGAUGGCCGGCGUCAGAGGCGUGUUCCAUCUCGCGGCCGCCAGCAAGGUGCUGCCCUCGCUGAGGAGCCCGAAGAUGGCCACGUUCAAUAUAGAGCAGAACGCGGUCGGCACCAGCAACAUCCUCGAGGCUGCCAACGAGACGCACCUGGUUCGGAAGGUCGUCUUCGCGGCAUCGUCGACUUAUUAUGGGAACCAGGACAUCCCCUUCCACGAGCAGGACCCGUUCGUUCCCACGUCCCCGUAUGCCGCGUCGAAAUACAUGGGAGAGUUGGAGAUGCUCACAAACGACCAGCUGUACAACAUCCCUACCCUGAGCCUGCGGUUCUUCAUGGUGUACGGUCCGCGCAAUCCGUCGGAGGGUGCGUACUCCAUCGUCACGGGGAUCUUCCUGAAACGCCUGUUCGCGGGGAAGCCACUGGUCAUCGAGGGCGAUGGGCAGCAGUUCCGCGACUUUGUGCACGUGGAGGAUGUGGCUCGCGCUUGCGUGCUGAGCUACCAGAGCCCCGUCCGCGGCACGGUGAUCAACAUCGGCACUGGCGAGGCGCACACGGUACAGCAGGUGGCCGACCUGGUGUCCCCGAACCAGGAACGUGCUCCGGCACGCAAGAACGACAUGCGUGGGACCACGGCGGACACCUGCCGGGCGAAGAGCCUUCUCCACUUCAGCGCAGAGUACGACUUCGUCGCGACGAUGCGCGCCAUGAUCGCGGACUCACUGGCUGGCAGGGGCGAGUACCUGUCGCCCAUGUGGGAGGACGAGCAGGUCAUAGCUGCCGUGGAGAGGAGGCUCCGCGGCUGGACCGCCGCGGACGCCAAGGGGCGGGCCGCCCUGCUGCGGGACGCCGCCAGGGGCGACCCGGGGUUCCUCGCAGGCCUCCUGAGCGAGGUGGGCGCCAGGUAA